AUGCGCGGCAGCCGGCAGCCAGUCAGGCAGCCCCACGCCAGGGCUGAGGGGACGGCGCGGGGCGCCAUCUCGGGCGCGGCUGGAGGCGCGGCGGGGAGCGACAAGAAGUCCAAGAAGGCGAAGCACAUCUCGGCGCAGGACCGCGUGCGGCAGUUCCCCGCGGGCACGCUGCACGCCUCCACCGCGGUGGCCCAAGCCGUGGUGAAGGCAGUCAUCGCCCACGGCGUGGACUUCAACAGGGUGUCGGCGUUCCUGUCGAGCCACGCCGUGUACAUGUGCCGAGCCUUCUCUGACGUGCUGCGCGGGAUGAUGCCUGGCGCGGUGCAUGUCACUUGCAACACACACAUCCUCUCUUUGGUCAGCGACAUCUGGCGCAUGCAUUUCCCAGAUGUAGACACCCUGGUUUCCUCCCUGAAAAAAGCCUUCAAGCACUGUCCGGGCCGCAAGCUUCGGUACGGGGAGUUUGUGGCCAAUCAGAGCGGGGAGCCGCAGGCAGCAGUGCCGCUCACAGUCGAGCCAGCUCCUAUGAAGUGUAACUCGUGGUUUGAUGCGGUUUGUUACCAUGCCAAGAACAUUCAGCACUACCAGCAAUUUGUGAGACAGGAGCUGGAAAUCACGCCUGGCACGCAGUACAUGCUGAAGCUGCAUGAGCUUCUAAAGCAGGGCGACAUUGGUGACCAAGUUAAGUUCGUGGCUGAAAAUGUGACCCCGUUCGGGGAGCUGCUCACGUGGUUUGAAGGGCGACAGGUUUUGAAUCACAACAUGCACAACAAACUGAUGGAUUUGAUAAGCUGGGUGGAAGACAUGGCCUCACAGCAGCUUUCAGACUGUCCCACAGAAAACCAGCGCAGGCAGGACGUGUUCCAGGCCAUCGCUGCCAAGCUGAAACAGUUUUACAAGUAUGAUCCGUCGCUGCCGCCUCGGUUUAAACAACCGGCCGCUGCCUUUUUUAGUGCUGUUCGCAUUUUUGACCCGAAUCAGGUGCCUUUUCUGACUGUUAACCCUCAGCUAAUUAAAUCAAUUCCUGGGUGGCAGAGAGAGCACAGCAACGAACGUGCUGCGUACAUGAAUUUCAUCAAAGAGUGCCAGAUGCCUUUGAACGUAACUGAGUUUUGGGACUCUGUUUCUGAUCGGUUUCCACAUCUCUACAGCUUGGCAAAACGCUGCCUUACGAUUCCAACCAGCUCAGUGAACGCAGAACGUGCGGCCUCCACAUAUGGACAAGUGGUCACGCCGCCCAGACAGAGGGCAUCGGCUGCAACUGCUGGCAGAUGCUGCAUGCUAGCGUUUGACAACUAAGAUGGAUUGUUUCUAUUCAGAACACGUGAGGAAACAAGGUACCCGGAGCAAGACAAACAGGAAAGACAUCAAACAGGCAAAGGCAAGGGUGAAGGAAGGCAUUCAGAGCUGGAUGGAAUUCAUGGACAACCACUAGCCAUAGCCAAAGCUGGAGAGACGCAGGCUCGUGACAGGAGGGGUCUGCCAGAGCCUGGAAGAAAGUCCAUGACGUUUUCAGAGACCAAAACAGGUCACUUUACUGGCAACCCAAAAUGCAUGGGAAGCCAGAAGAAAGACCUGCUUGAGGUAUAGCUGUGUGAAAGGGAGCAGAAGGUUUGUCACAGGCAAAGAGGAAUAAGCAUGGAACAGUGUCUUAGCAGAGGUGGCCAUUGAAGCUGAGAAGCUCAGAGUCAGCCUGACCUCAAUAUUAUUGGAGCAGAGAGAAAGUAUACUGUCUGAAGGGGGGUGGAUUUUAGU